AUGAGACUCUCUAUAGGGACGACUGCUUCAGAUCAAGAUGAGACAGAGCAAUUUGGGGAGUGGUUAUUGAAAGUUGGUGAUGGUCUAAUAUGUGACAAUAUGAAUGGUGAAUCUGAGAUAUGUCUUCCAGGAGAUAUUGUUAUUCCUUCUUUGGACCAGGCAUUUGAUGAGUUGGUUCAUUUUUCUUAUCCAAAUAUUUUGGAAAACAUGUCUUCGAAGGAUUUUUUCAAAGCAAGAACUAUACUGGCUCCCACACUAGACAUCGUUGAAGAGGUCAACAACCAUCUGAUGGCUAUCAUUCCUGGAGGGGAAAAAUUAUAUCUUAGUUCGGAUUCCAUUUGUAUGGAUGAUGGGAAUAUGGAGAGUCAACUAGAUAUCUACAGUCCUGAAUUACUGAAUAGCAUAAAUUGCUCUAGUUUGCCUCCACAUAAAUUAAUACUCAAGGUCGGUGUUCCGGUGAUGUUACUGAGGAAUAUUGACAAAUCCAGUGGUCUUUGUAAUGGUACCAGGCUACAAGUUAGGAAGCUUGAAAAUCAUGUCAUAGAAUAUGAAGUCUUAACGGGUAACAAUGUUGGUCAUAUUGCUUUGAUUCCAAGAAUGAAUAUGGUACCAACAAAUGAAACCGUCGCAGUUAGAUUCCAAUGA